GUAGCGUGUGGGUUGCUUCCGGGUUGCGCGCAGGGAAACAGGAAGUGAUCGGCUUCUUGCCCGGCAGCUGCUGUCCCGAGGCGGGAGGAGCGCUGGGGGGCGCGGGCCCUGCAAGACUCAUUGUCGCUGGUAACUGCCCAGUUCUCAGCCACUCAGUUGUGAUAAUCAAAGGCCACGGUGUUGUGGUUUCGGAACUGCCGUCUCAGAAUAGGAAAAUACUUGGGAUUUUGCAUUGGAAGACAUGGAUCUUGCUGCCAAUGAGAUCAGCAUUUAUGACAAACUUUCAGAGACUGUCGAUUUUGUGAGACAGACAGGCCAUCAAUGUGGCAUGUCAGAAAAGGCAAUUGAAAAAUUUAUCAGACAGCUGUUGGAAAAGAAUGAACCUCAGAGAACGCCACCCCAGUAUCCUCUCCUUAUAGCUAUAUAUAAGGUCAUUGGAACCCUGGGAUUCAUCUUGCUCACUGCCUACUUUAUGAUUCAACUUUUCAGCCCAUUACCACCAGAACCAGUGCUUUCUGGAGCUCACACCUGGCGCUUACUCAUCCGUCACAUCCGGAUACUGUCCUUGCCCAUUACCAAGAAGUAUAUGUUAGAGAAUAACGGAGUUCCUCUGCAUGGUCACAAUGAAGACAGAUCCUUUCCAGAAGACCCCUGGUGGACAAAUGACAGUGAGCAGAAUGACUCGGAGCCCGUUCCUGACCCCAUUCCUGAAAGCUGCCAUGGUUGCAUCCUGAAAUUACCUGUGGAGAUAGUGCCCCUGGCAAAUGCCCCAAAGACAUUUGAGAGACUCCAUCCUCUGUUGAUCAAGACCAGAAGGCCCCUGUUGUCUGAGGAGCUUCAGCAUUUUUUGUGCCAGUACCCUGAGGUGACAGAAGGCUUCACAGAAGGGAUUUUUGCCAAGUGGUGGCGCUGCCUUCCUCACCGGUGGUUCCCUUUUGCUUAUCCAUGGACAAGAUCUCUGAACAGAUCACACAUUUUACGUGAGCUUUUUCCUGUUUUCACCUACCUACCAUUUCCAAAAGAUGCCUCCUUGAAAAAUUGCUUCUUUUUUGAAGGAGAACCUAUUGAGAGGAAUCAGGCACAUAAGAUGCACGACCUGUUCACCAUCGGCAGCGGCGAGGCCUUGCUGCACCUCAUCCCGCCCUCCCAGUGCCGCACGCACUGCAGCAUGUUGGUGAUGCCGAUAGGGCCGGGGGACAUCGGCUAUGCUGAUGCCAACCACUGGAAUAUCUACAUUCUGGUCAGAGGGCUCCAGCCUUUGGUCGUCUGCGAUGCAACCACCCUCUCGGAACAGUAGGAAACAGGACUGUGUUGAGGAACAGCUUUGAGAGCUGAAGACGAGAUUGAAAGGAGGAAAUAAAAACGAUGACACCACUCUUAGGGGUUGGUCACUCAGUCCCCUGCCCUGUGCAUGCGUAUGUGAGCCCCUCCUGUGUGCCGGAGCCGAGGGCCAGAGCCCGGCCCUCCGGAGGCUUGGCCAGGACUGUGCCAGUACCUGUAUGUGGGAGGCUGGGCUCCUCCAGCUCAUUCUCUAGCCUCGAGGCCGCCCUUCGGGGAGGGAGCAGGGUGGUGCCUCCCCGCACUCCCCUCUGCUGGCCCCCUGGUCGCAGAGAAGGCAGCCAAACCAGUCCCGACUUCAGAGCCACCCUUCAGCAGAUGGGCCUGCGUGUCCGUCUUCCUGGCCACGCCGCCCUGCACGUUUUUAGGAAAGCCGUGGCUGCUGAUUGAAGAAGCCAUUGCCAUUUCCCAAACAAAAUAGGAUCUAGAGCCACUGACACAAAGGUCAGAUAACCUUGGACUGCACUCAAGAAGUAAACUUCUUUCCCAGCAUCCAUGGCUCUUGAAGUCUCAGUGAUGCCAGCCCGGGGUCUAAUUCUAAUUGAAGUGGUUACUCCUAAAGUAAUACUUUUCUCCAUUUUAACUUUUGGUUCUUUUGCCUCCCCCGCCCCAACCCUCGCCAGUCUCAACUCCUUCCCAUCUCCCUUGGCUGUCUGGCUGGUUUCUUGGCACUCAGGCUCCUGGUCCCCCUCCCUUGGCUGGGCCAGGGCCCUUGACUGCUGGGCAGUGUCAUUCUGUCAACUGUGCUGCUUUUACCAAGUGUCUUGAGGGGGAUGAGUUACAUGCUGGCCUGGGAGAGGGUGCCUCCCUGGUUUGAUCUGCAGGGUCUGCCUUGUGCAGGGAAGAUGUUUUACAGAUGUGUCAGGCUGAUGUUGUAAUGUGGUCAGGGAAGGAACUCCAGACCCCAAGUGCUUGCCAGCUGGGUGUGCGCUGUGCGAUCCUCUGUCUUUAAAUGAUCUCUCUCUUUGUACAGGAAACAAGGUGAGGUUUUUAUUUUUUGUAACAGUAUAAAGCUGUACUCUUGAUUGGGUAAUUCGUUCUGCUCAUUGUUUCCCUUAAGUGCUUUUAGUAUGUUAAUCAAAUAGUGUAAAUGAGGAUGCUCUUUUCUUGUUUCCUUUAUUGAUACUGCUAGGUAUCUGGCCUCUCUGGUCAUGCCAUCACCAAGAUGGCAUAAAAAAACAAAGCCCACUGUGACCCCUGCUUCUGAAUGACAGAAAUGGAAUGGAUACGGGAGGCGUCUGGGCAGAGCUAUGAACCAGGGGUGGGCAGUGGUGAGGGAAGCAGGUGUCGCUCCUUGCAGGGUCCUCUUCAUCUUGGGAGCAGCCUGCCCCUGUCCCCAGGCCCAUUUCUCUUCGCGUCUCCUGGCAGCAGGAGGGCUCGCCGAGCACUCGAACUGCCUGUUGAUGGGCUUGUAAAGGACAAGCAGGGUUCACAGAGCUCUGGUGGAAACUCAGAGCCUCCUCCGUAGGCUUCAAUGAAACUAGGAUGAACUGUACCUGAGGGAAUUACUCUGUAUAAAGAUCAGCGCCUUGUGUUGACUAAUGCAGCAAAAACUCGAACAUGUGCGAGUCACGCUUGCUAAGCAGUUACGGUUUAAGAGGUUUUCGAUCAGAAGGAUCACUCAGAGGCCAGCUCUGUGCAGGCUUCUCAGGAAUUUGGCACAUCUUUAUCCCUGCUGCACAUUGGGAGGGAGGAUUAUAUGUAAACAAAUUCCUUUUUCAAAAAUUAUAUUUGUAGAGAGAGGGAAAAGGAGGGAGAAAGAAAGGGAGAGAAACAUGAAUAUGCGACAGAAACAUGGACAGGUUGCUUCUUGGGUGAACCCUGAUGGGGGACCAGGCCCACAACCCAGGUAUGUGCCCUGACUGGGAAUCGAACCGGCAACCCUUUGCUUUGCAGGACAACACCCAACCAACUGAGCCACAGCAGUCAGGGCUGUAAGCAAGUUCUUCAGAGGCCACUCAGUUUCCCUAAAGUAGGCCCUUUGGGUCAAGAAAAGAGAGGCUUCCUUAGCAAAGCAACUGUUUUAAUGAUUGAGAUUUCUGUUUCAUUUUUAUGAAUUACCCUGUGUUCCUUUCCCAUUUUACUCCUGUUCUUCACACCUUAAAUGUUCAUAAAAUAUCGACUUCAGUUAAAAACUUUGAAAACUAAGAAACCCUUGUGUGUGUUGCUGUUCCGAGGCACCGCCGGGAAGUCCCCUCGGCCCCCAUCACCAGAGAAUGAUAUGGCCGCUGCUAAGAAACUUGUGCAUAUACUGUUGGUUUGUUAAAAUCUGUCCAGUUCAGAAUUGAAUGCAGCUUUAUAUUAGAAGAGAAAUCCUCCAGAGAGGGUUUUCUGCUCUUAAUUACUGAAUGCAUAGAAACAAUUUGCCUUCUUCACAGGCUAACUCGGGCUAGCCAAAUCUACCGGUGGCCAGUCCUACGGGAGUGGCUUGGGGGGCCGAGCCAGCCCCUUCUGGUUAUCCAAGGCUCUGUGUGCGCAUGCUGCUUGGUUUUCCGUGCUAAGCUUGCUCUCAGCUCCUUCCAGGAAAGAGCAGAAGGCCCCCCCACGUGACCUGGUGUGGGGAAGAGGGUCAUCUAAUGAGGAAGCAGGGUCAGGGGGAUGGUGGGACGACCUAACCAACCCCCACCCCCAGCACCACAGCAAAGACAAAACCACGGGGCUCUGGGAAGAAGGACUUGCUCACGAGUUCGCUGAGUGUUUACUGAGAGGUGACUUGACUUCCACACACGGGUUAGGUUCACUUUCUUAUAGGUUCUCGGAGCACACACUCAUAUCCCCAGAAAUCAGCUCUCUGGGGAUCUGAGAGGCUGCUUCAGCACCGUGUGAAGCAUUUGUGUCCCGAAGGCCAGAGGCCUCAGGAUCACAUAUUAGACAGGACACCUGUUCUGGCUUAUGAAAAAAGGUGGGGCUUAUCCUUUCCCCAAUCCUUUCUUUUUUUUUAGGGAAGAGAUUAAUUUAAUAAUGGUUUAUGAAAACAAAGUCCACCUAUUUAGCAGUAUAUAAAACAGCCUAAAUAGGCUGACCUUGCCAUUUUUUAAAAGAUUUUAUUUAUUUAUUUUUUUAGAGAGGAAAGGGAGGGCGAAAGAGAGAGAAACAUCAAUGUGCAGUUGCUGGGGGCCAUGGCCUGCAACCUAGGCAUGUGCCCUGACUGGGAAUCGAACCUGCAAUGCCUGGUUCACAGCCCACACUCAAUCCACUGAGCUAUGCCGCCAGGGUGCAAUUUUUUUAAAGAGAAAGGAAUAAUAACAUCGUGUAAUCUGGGGUCUUUUUUAAUCUCUACUUAGUCCUGUACAGUAGGUAUUAGAUCCUUGUUUUACAAAUAAAGAAACCAGGGCUUAGAACAGUUCAGUGCUGGGCGGAGGUGUUGGUUCCCCAGUGUAUUGUUCUACUGCCCCGGCACCGUGUGGCGCCGGAACGGAGGUGGUGUGCUCGCCCCCUCGAGCCCUCACCUAGGAGGACCGAGGACCUAGGAGUAGGGUCAGCAAGCCAGGAGCUCCUCAAAAUUUGUUUUUAAAACUGUCUUGGACAGAAAUGGAGGAGGAGAGAAUCUAACCAGAUGACUUUUAUAAAAAGUCUUUCACUUUUUCCCUCCCUGUUGGAAAACUCUCUUAAGAGUGCGUGUGGCUGGAACACGACUGUGUCCAGCCAUUUUCCCAACACUCCACAUUUCCAGAUGUGUGACCAGAAGAGGGACUCCGCCCAUUUCCAGUUGUGGGUCCUCUUGGACUUUACAUCACUUGUUUUUCACGUCUCAGUUUUCUAUUCCUUUCUUCCAAAAUCCAGCAUAGGCCUCAGUGCAAGAACAGUUGUUUUAACAAAAUCUCAAGUUCCUUAGCUGCAAAUGAUGGCCUCGGCCAUUCUAAUAGUCUGGAUGAGUUUGGUCAUUAACUAGUGGCUUCCAUAGAGAACAUUAAAGACCAAGAGCAGCCCUGGCUGGUGUGGCUCAGUGGAUUGAGUGCCAGCCUGUGAACCAAAGGGUCGCCGGUUCCAUUCCCAGGCACGGCACAUGCCUGGGGUGAGGGUCAGGUCCCCAGUAGGGGGGCACAUGAGAGGCAACCACGCAUGGACGUUUCUCUUUCUCUCUUUCUCCCUCCCUUCCCUUCUGUAAAAAUAAAUAAAUAAAAUUCAAAAAACCCCCCAAAACCCAGAGCAGAAGUUCUCUUCUCAUCUAAUCCUCAUCCAGCAGGAGAAGCCAAGUUGUAGGGGAAAAGGGAAAGCUGCUUGUCUGGUGCACAGACAGGCCAUCUUGUCUCGUAUACAUUUUGUGGAUCAGUUAUUAAACAGAAGGGGCUUUCGGCUUGGAGUUCCCCUAGCAGUGGAAGAGAAACUGUCCUAAAUUCAUAAGUUCCACAUUCAUUAACUUUUAGUUAAUCCACUGAUGGAAGGGAGUGCCAGAGAUGUGUUUUGAAAUAGUAAGUUAGGCUGAAAUCUUCCGUGUUUGAACUUUUGCAUGUUGUGUACAGAGCGAUGCGUGGCAGGGGCAGGAGGUUAGGAAGGUGAGGUGCUUGUGGAGACAGCCCUGUGGCAAAUGAAAACCGGGAGGCCCUGGGGAUGCGCGGUGGCACCGUGGGCACGGGUAUCCCUGGCUGCCUCACCUGCUGGCAGCUUCUUCCACAGAAGCAUCUCCGAGAAGAUGGACAGGCGCUCCCUCUCACGCACCACAUCCAAGCCCGCCCGCCCUGGACACAGUUGGCUUUAAGUGCUGGCCUUGGUGGGACACCCUCCAGCCCACUUGUCUGUUAUCCAUGCCCCUUAGUUUCUGGUUUCCCUGCCCUGCAUAAUUUAAGCAUUAGAGCUAAAUACCUGUGUCAUUUCCCUUUCUCUGGAGACGUGGAGUCUAGACCUUUUCAGAGGAAGGGAAAGAAGAAAUGUUGUGUAACUCCAAGCCGAGGCCCGAACUGUCCAGACGGGGGGCUGGCCCGGGGACUGCUCCUCCUGCACUUCGUGCGUCUGACAUCGAUCCAGGGGUGAGGCCCAGCUGCAGGCUCCGCACGGAGAAGGGAAACCAGUGUCGUUUCCCAUUUCAAACGGAAACUGAGGAGUGGGGACAUCUGCUCUGUGCCUCACUUACCUCCUCAGUCCCCGCAGCUCUGAGGGGUAGAUGAGGUCGUCCUGUGAAGCCACCUUAACUCACCCUUCAGCCGUGUCCCAGCCUUCAAACUUCAGCCCCUUGAGCACUUGCAACCUUUUCAGAAACGAAUGGUCGCUUAUUAAGCGAAGUGAUGACAGGAUCAGACAGAUAUGUGGCAUUCCCAGAGGGGACCCCCAGUCUCAUCGUAGGCAACUUUCCCUCCAAACUUGUUUCUACAGUUUCGCCCUCAGAAAAAUGCUGUCUGUGGUCUCUUCCUCCUGCCUCCUGUGGGAAGGUCAGCAACAGGCCAGGGGGAGGCGCAGGGCACGGGGUGGGGGUGCAGCUGGGGACUGGAGAGGCAGAAGUAAGGCAGACACUCCCCUCAGCCUCUUCCCUGCUGUCAUCACAGACAGGAACCGGACAGCUGACCACGUGCUGGCCUGAGUGGUCGCACUGAGCGGAGGAUGGACACCUGUCCCAAUCACACGUGCUGUGAAUGGUCUAAGCUGUUAGGUGUUCAGUGCAGAAUGUUGACCGUGACUUAAUGUACUAUGAACUUGUAAAGACUUCCCCCAUGUAAAGAAUGUAUGUAUAUUAAAGUUUUAUGUAACAAAGUUUUUACUUUUUGCAAUUAAAAGUGUGUAUGUUGAUUGAUAA